AUGUCUCCAAACCGCAACAGCCCCGUUCAGACUGAGAUGGCUGUGGCAGUUUUCAAGAGCCCACUUAGCGGCAUGGAGUGCCGUGGGCCAAAUCGAGCAGACAUCAAACAAACUGGAAGAAGGCGAGUUUUCGUGCAAACCGAGACUGGUUGUGUCUUGGGCAUGGAGCUCGACAGGAGUGACAAUGCUCACACCGUGAAGAGAAGAUUACAGCUGGCACUCAAUUUCCCGAUCGAGGAGAGUUCCUUAACUUUCGGCGAUAUGAUCCUCAAAAAUGACCUAAGUGCCGUUCGAAAAGGUUCCCCUCUCCUCUUGACCCGAAACCUGAUCCACCGUAGCUCAUCGACCCCCUGCCUGUCCCCUAUGGGUCCGGAUGUCCAUCAGAAGGAGCAAGGUGGGCUGAUCGAGAUACUGGGCCACUCGGCCCGUUUCGCCAAGACCAAACAGAUUGUGAAAAAGAUUGUCAAAGCGCCCGGCUUGAAACCUUCAGUUAGGGUCGGGGAGACUGGGUUUCGUGAGGUGGCUGCUUAUCUUCUCGAUUAUGACCAUUUCGCGAAUGUCCCUCCCACUGCCCUCGUGAAGAUCACUCACCCGAUCUUCAACUUGAAUGACGGCUUGAACGGGAAGAAUUCCAAGCCGCAAAACAGAAAUCGAGUCUUUAGCAAGAUUGCAUCUUUUCAGCAGUUCAUCCCGCACGGUUUCGAUGCGAGUGAUUACGGGACAUCGUGUUUUCCCGUUUCAUCUGUACACCGGAUCGGGAUUCUCGACGUAAGGAUUCUUAACACGGAUAGGCAUGCAGGGAAUCUUUUGGUCAGGAAGCUCAACGGGGAAGGGCAGUUUGGUCAAUUUGAGCUUAUCCCGAUCGAUCACGGGCUCUGCCUGCCCGAGACCUUAGAGGACCCUUACUUCGAGUGGAUCCACUGGCCCCAAGCUUCAAUCCCGUUCUCGGACGAUGAGCUUGAAUACAUAAAAAAUCUCGACCCGGCUCGCGACUCGGAUAUGCUGAGGAGCGAGCUCCCCAUGAUUAGAGACGCUUGUCUGCGUGUAUUGUUCCUCUGCACUGUUUUCUUGAAAGAAGCCGCGUCUAACGGGCUUUGUCUUGCUGAGAUUGGGGAGAUGAUGAGCCGGGAGUUUAAAAGUGGGGAGGAGGAACCGAGCGAGCUCGAGGUUAUAUGCCUCGAGGCGCGAAGGCUUGCUGCUGAGGAGAUUUUAUAUUCUACUAACAAGGUUGGAGCUGAAUUUGAUGAUGACAAUUUUCAGUUUGACAUAGACUGUUGUGAGGAUAAUAUCAAUGGGUAUGAUGAGUUGGCACCGAAAAUGGUUACCGAUGAGUCUUUUACGUCAAUGCCCUUCCAGAUUGGAUUGGGGAGUGUGAAUGGGCGUUUUACUCCACUUUCCCGACUAGAGGAGACUGUUGAAGAGGAGGAUGAUAGUGAAGAAGUAGAAGAUGAGGAAAACGGGCUGACUAGCAGUCGUACCGUGGUUAAGAGUCGAAAUGCAGUUUCGAAGCUUUCUGUGUCUUUGAAAAAUACUGGCUUAGUCGAGAGGACUCAAAAAUCAGGAAAGUUGUUUUCUGUUGCAAAGGUGAAUAACGGGUAUCUCACGAACUCAUCAGCCAGCCACACGAGCGCGAACGAACAGCUCCUGGCAAGCGCGAGUUUUGUGAAGCUGGCUGAUAUGAACGAAGACGAGUGGACCCUUUUCGUGGAGAAGUUUCAGGAGCUGGUUGGUCCGGUUUUUGAGAAGCGGAAGUUGGUGAGUUUCGGUCAGAAGCAGAGGCAGAGGCUCGGAACUUCUUGCAAGUUUUGA